AUGGUACCAGAUACGUGGAUUUUCCACGUCACCUGGUACGACCACCAGGCUGAUAUUGUCAAGCAACUCACUUUAUCUUAUCGUCGAUCAGACAACUGCGUAGAGCUUUACGACCCUAAGCUUCGACGCCUGUUUCUAAGACGAACACCAGCGCCAAUGCCUCUGGAAGAUCACCUGUACGUGGGCAACACCGUUACUAUAGUGUCGCGGCAACUCAAGAUCGUUGACUAUGGCGAUGAGCGCACGCGUUGUGCUCUCGCCCCUCGAUUCCAGAAAGCGGUCAUGGUAGUAAAGCCACACGCACAGGAACAUCUUGGAUCCAUACUGCAGCGACUACUGGACAGCGGAUUCGCCUUAUCGAGCGUACAAAUGGUGCAACUGGACAACCAGAAAGCAAAACGGUUGCUUGAAAUUACAGCAGCUCCGUGGCCACAAUCGGAGAACAGGGAUGGGGGGGGACAAGUGGAUGAUGCCUUCCAGAGUUUCACUGAUGGAAAGGCGGUCGUCGUAGAGAUCGUCGGAAACGAUUCCGAAAAACGUUUGAAAUACAUUGUAGGCCCGGAUGAUCCUGCAAAGGCGCGACAACAGUCACCGAGCAGCUUACGAGCAUCUUACGGUAUCUCGAGGAGUCAGAACGCGGUGUACUGGAGCGCACCGGAAGAUAACAACCUGCUACUCCUAUCGGAGUUUGUGUCUGGCAUUUCAGCGGUCACUCCUUCUGAAAUCAGUCACGACUGCAGCUGCUGCGUCAUCAAACCCUCGGCACUCAAAUAUGCUGGGAACAUAGUGGACGAGAUCCUCAGUCACGGCUUCAGAAUCACUGCUGUCCAAUCGUUUCAUUUAAGCCGGAAUGCUGCUGACGAAUUCUAUGAGGUCUACAAAACUGUCCUCCCUGAAUACCCUCAGAGUUGGACUCGUACACGGCAUAAACACACACGGCUAACGCGCAAUUUUUGUCGAAGGCGAAUACCCGUUCCCCAAAGUCUAUUUAGUGGGUCAAGUUUGAUGGUCGACGAGCUGGCCCAGGGCGUUUGCCUAGCAAUGCAAGUCGAGCACGCAGAAAGAGACUCAGUCGCUCAACUGCGCCAACUAUCAGGACCAUAUGACCCAGAAGUGGCAAGGUUCGUGCGGCCACAAAGCCUUCGCGCAAAAUUUGGAUCCGAUCGUGUUCGCAACGCCGUUCACUGCACAGAUCUUGACGGUGACGCCAUACUUGAGGUUCAGUACUUCUUUUCUGUCCUUGCACACUCCCGGCAGUGA